AUGUAUGUCAUACACACAUGUCUCCAUCUAUUCUCUGCUAACCAAAGACAAGCCAACCCACUCCGCCGCGCCAGCCAGAUCAUCCCCGUAAUCGUCGGUGGACCCCAGGACACGUUCAUUCCCAACACCAUCACCGCAGCAGUCGGCGACAUUGUCCAAUUCCAGUUCUCCAACGGCAACCACACCGUCACGCAAUCAACCGCCGACACAGCAUGCACUCCCAUGGAAGGCGGCAUCCACAGCGGUCACAUCCCCUUCGAGGACGGCCAGACAGAUGUCGGAACUUUCAACAUGCCCAUCACGAGUGCAGACCCCAUGUUCCUGUACUGUGCUACUGGACCGCAUUGCCAGGAGGGUCAGGUUAUGAUGGUCAACCCUGCGAGCACGCAACAGUUGGCCGACUAUGUCAAGUUGAGCCAGCAGAGCGAAUCGAGCACUGAUGGAACCGAUGUCGUCGGCGGAACUGCGGGCAAACUUGCUCUGGAUGCUGCUGCGUAA